GCACCACCAUGACACGAACUGCCCACCUCUGCUGCCUCUUGGCCCUCUUGGUAGCAGGCCUAGCCCAAGGCAUCGGGAGCUCCCUCCGAGCCCAGGACCCAGGUACCCGGCCACUGGAGCUGAAAGAGGUCUUCAGGUUGUUCCAGAUCCAGUUCAACCGGAGUUACUCAAACCCAGCAGAACAAGCUCGCCGCCUGGACAUCUUUACCCACAACCUGGCCCAGGCUCAGCGGCUGCAGGAGGAGGGCUUGGGCACAGCCGAGUUUGGGGUGACUCCAUUCAGUGACCUCACAGAGGAGGAGUUUGGUCAGCUCUAUGGGCAUCGAAGGGCAACUGGAGGGAUCCCCGUGGGCAGAAAGGUAGGGUCUGAAAAUCAGGGGGCGUCAACGCCCGCCACCUGUGACUGGCGGAAGGCGGCCGGCAUCAUCUCUUCCAUCAAGGACCAGAAAAACUGCAAGUGCUGCUGGGCCAUGGCGGCUGCGGGUAACAUCGAGUCCCUGUGGGGCAUCAAACACCACCAGUCCGUGGAAGUCUCUGUGCAGGAGCUGCUCGACUGUGACCGCUGUGGGGAUGGCUGCUCGGGGGGCUUUGUCUGGGACGCGUUCAUAACUGUCCUCAACAACAGUGAGUACCCGCCUCUGGAAAACUGCAGGGGUGGGGCACGUUCAGGAGCAGAGUCUCCCUCCUUGUCUUGCUUAUCUCCAGGUGGUCUGGCCAGUGAAAAGGACUACCCAUUCAGGGGGGACACCAAAACCCACAGGUGCCAAGCCAGGAAGUACAAGAAGGUGGCCUGGAUCCAGGAUUUCCUCAUGCUGCCGGACAACGAGCAGAUCAUGGCCCAUCACCUGGCCACCCAUGGCCCCAUCACCGUGACCAUCAACAUGAAGCUACUGCAGCAAUACCAGAAGGGUGUGAUCAGGGCCAAGCCCAGCACCUGUGACCCCCGGCAAGUGAAUCACUCCGUCCUGCUGGUGGGCUUUGGUAGGACCAAGUCGGUGGAGUGGGCAGAGACAGGCUCGUCCCAGCCUCAAUCUCGCCGCUUCACCUCGUACUGGAUCCUGAAGAACUCCUGGGGGGCCGACUGGGGCGAGGUGGGCUAUUUCCGGCUGCACCGAGGGAGCAAUACCUGUGGCAUCACCAAGUACCCGCUCACUGCCCGCGUAGACCUACCAGUUAAGAAGCACCCAGUCUCCUGCCCUCCCUGAACCCACCCAGCUGUCCCUCAGCUCUUUCCGGCUAUGCCAGCUGCCUCCUCACCGGCCCCACACCAAGGCUUUUGCCCAUCCUCCCAAUCUUCUCAGUACGGCUUGAAUAAACCAAGACAACACCCGUG